AUGGAAGAUCAAAGCCAGAUAAAACCUCGAAUUCUUUGCCUCCACGGAUUCAGGACCAGUGGUCAAAUCCUUAAGCAACAAGUCUUAAGAUGGCCAGAAAAUGUACUACAAAAGUUGGACCUCGUUUUCCUCGAUGGCCAAUUUCCCGCGAGGGGAAAAUCUGACGUUGAAGGCAUUUUUGAUCCUCCAUACUAUGAAUGGUUCCAAGGCAACGAGGACUUCACUGAGUAUACUAAUUUCGAAGAGUGUUUAGCUUACAUCGAAGAUUACAUUGUGAAAAAUGGUCCUUUUGAUGGUUUUCUGGGGUUCUCUCAGGGAGCAAUUUUAGCAGCUGCAUUGCCAGGAAUGCAAGCAGAGGGCGUAGCACUUGGGAAGGUGAACAAGAUCAAGUUCCUGAUUUUGAUUUCAGGAGCAAAGUUUGGUGAAAAGAAGUUUGGAAUGCCUAAAUUGGCUUCGAAUGCAUUUUCAAAACCAAUCGAGUGCCCGUCUCUUCACUUUAUAGGGGAGAAGGAUUUCAUGAACCCAGAGAGCAUAGCUUUGUUGGAAGCAUUCGUGGACCCUGUUGUGAUUCACCAUCCUAAAGGGCAUGGAGUUUACAGACUUGAUGAUAAAAGUACUGAAACUAUGCUCGGUUUCAUUGAGACGAUUCAGAGUGAAUUGAGCGAGAAGAAAGAGGAAGGUGAAAAAAAGAAACCUUUGAUUAGAACAGUAUUGCUGCAAAAAACUUAA